AUGGAUUGCAACGAUAAAUCUAUUAAAUGCUACGGAGAAAUGUCUUUACAAGCGACUGACAGCAAACCCCAACGCUGUAUUUCCUCUAUUGAAUCAUCUGGGGGGUCGGGCGAGAAAGUAGCCUCUAUAUCUAGACCACAAAUUUCUUCGCAUCAGAGCUUUAACUUACCCCCUAAACCAACUCAUUCGCCACCUCCUGUUCCCACCAGUCCGAACAGUUCUUCAAUGUUGUACCCAUCGAUACCUGAUGAAUUGUCCUCUUUUCCUAAUGGUGCCGCUCCUGCUAAACCUCCACGUUUAGGAAAGGGAUCUAUAGACAGCUACAAUGCUUAUGACAGCGACGACUCAACGAACUGUGAAGUGUUUGCUCCCUACGGAUAUUUGCCUUCCUCUACCUCACCACCACAGCCCCUCUCUCGACAGUCGUCACAACAGUCUGAUGGGAAUGUCCAAAUGUGUAGCAAGGGUUGGUUUGUGGAGAUUGAUGAUGAAGGUAAUAGAUGCUUUACUCAUCCGGAUACUGCGGAUCAAGUAAGCACUAGACCUCUCUUUUAA